UACAUAUUUACAAAACUAAAAUUGGGAAACGUGCCAACUGACUCGUUUUUACACGCACCUUUGUUUAUGUAUCGCCAUUCCUGGCCGCUUGUCCAAAACCGGCAAUGUAACAUGUGCAGUUUAUAUAUGACAUUAUCAUUGCUGGAUGGGGUCCCUCUUGGGUAUAAAAGCCACCGGCAUUGCGGCCAACAAGUGCAGUCAAAUUUUGGAUUAACCAGCUCAACUACAACCAUUCAGAAUGAAGUACAUUGUUUUGGCCCUUUACGUUUGUCUGCUCGCUGUGGCUCUGGUGGCAGCUGUACCCGUUGAUGAGACGCUCCAGGGUGACAACAUCUAUGCUCCGUCUGAUGAUGGUGUGCACAAUCCUUACGAUCCCCAGGCCAUCUUCAAGCUGAAGAAACUGAAGAAGCUGCUGCUCGGUUAAAUGCCACAAGGCUGUCCACAUAAAAACCCGUUGUCUCUAGUCUAUGUACAAACUGCACACACUCAACACACACUUACGCACAACAAACUAGGAACGUAACCUCUCCACUUGGGCUUUUAAAUAUACAAAUCAAUUUGCAUUUACAGCUUAUUCGUAAACGUAACUAAAUAAAUGUACUCAUUAAACUAAAC